AGCUUUACAAAACAAUGCUGAUGUGACCGUUCAUGAUUUCAUCGUCAGUAAUAAACGAAGGACUUUCUCUUCGAUAGACUUACGCGCUUUGGCAUUGUCAAAAAACUACUUUCACGCAAUAUUCCACGAAGGACUGUUGCACCCACCUGUUCAGUCGCGCCUAUCACGAGGUGCUACGGCAACGCCCUUCCCCUCUCUUGGGUUGGACCUGCUCUUAUCACGGGAACCUUAUAGUCACUCCAUGGCUUGCAUGCAGUCGGACCGCGGGCCACAUCCUCGAGGGAUCAGUGUGGAGUCGGACCUGGAAAAUAAAAGGUUUGACCCGGCUUUUUCCGUACUUUCCGUGUAAGCUAAAUUUUGAAAUCCACAAGAAGUACAGAAAAAUAAACAAAGCAGGGCAAAUUAAAAUUAGAAUCGCCCCAGAUCAUACGCAAAUCUCGGCGACCACACCUUAUUUUCCAGACUAUCAAUUUGUAGGUUCAAACAUGUCACUCUUUGGAGGCACAGACUGUUCUGCAAAUGGUAAUGCCAUCGCUCAGCUCAACAAACACACACAACAAGACCGCUCGCUCCAGAGGCAGACAAAUGGACUGGGCGCUGUGAUCAACCAAGGCUUCAAAAAUGACAAGAUGAUGAAUCAAAGGGACUUGGAUCAAUUCAUGGUCGCAGGGAAUCAACCUCAGAAUACUUUCCAGUUCCAGCCCAUGCGCCAUGAGCUUAAUGCAAUGAGCCGUAGCAGCUCUUCUCAGCAAAACUGGCUGCAAGACUUCAAGGCACAUGCCCACUCCCCGGUACCGCAGGCUGCGCAUAUUUCCGCGCAACGAAGUGGCAAUCACCAGUGGGCCUCUGAGUUCCAGUCAUCCUCUCCUCAGCAAUCUCAGUUCCAGUCUCAGCCGCAGUCUCAGCAACAGAACAGAAUGCCUAUGUCGAUGAUGGGCGGGGGAUAUCGCCCAAUGAUGGGUAUGUCAUCGAUGGCACCAAUGCGAAAUGUAAGUCAGUCGACUCAAAAAGAAGAAGUUUCGGUAGACUGGGACAAUAGAUUCAAGGAGAUCGAAGAGCUUAGUGAUGUGGCACACGCAUCUGCCGAGGCAGCAGCCAAGGAAGGUGAGCAGAUGGGUGAGGAUAUCGUCAUUGACGAUAAAUACCAGGCCAAUUUCCAAGAGGUUUGGGAUCUGUUGAAUCUGGAUCUGAUUGAAAAUGAUUUCAUCACACAACAAUAUGAAGACUUCAAGAGAAGCCAGGACCGGACUUUUCCUGCGGACAUGCCACAAUGGGAAAAGGACUUUGCCAAGUAUGCAUCCACUAGAGCCAAUUUCGGGGAGUACAAGUUUGAAGUGGAGGAACAGAACCAGUUUAUGGACUUGCCUGUCGAACACGAUGCUUACGAGAUUGGCCUUCAAUUGAUGGAGAAUGGUGCUAAAUUGUCUGAGGCGGCCUUGGCGUUUGAAGCUGCCAUUCACAAAGAUUCCAAUCGGGUCGAGGCCUGGCUCAAAUUGGGUGAAGUACAGACACAGAACGAAAAAGAAAUAGCUGGAAUCUCAGCCUUGGAGAAAUGUUUGGAUUUGCAUCCUGAGAACUCUGAAGCAUUGAUGACUUUGGCAAUUUCGUACAUCAACGAAGGCUAUGACAACGCCGCCUUUGCAACAUUGGAGCGCUGGAUUUCCACAAAAUACCCUCAAGUUGCCGAGAAAGCCCGCCAACAAAACCAAAAUAUCACAGAUGAAGACAGGUUCACUUUGAAUAAGCGUGUGACAGAACUUUUCAUGAACGCAGCGCAAUUGUCUCCCGACCAAGCAAGCAUGGAUGCAGAUGUACAAAUGGGUCUUGGUGUUUUGUUCUAUGCUCAAGAAGAUUUUGACAAGACGAUAGACUGCUUCAAAGCUGCCUUAUCCAUCCGACCUGAUGACCCGUUGUUAUGGAACAGAUUGGGUGCCUCAUUGGCCAACCUGAACCGAUCCGAAGAAGCCGUGGAUGCAUAUUUCAAAGCAUUAGAACUCAAACCAACAUUCGUCCGUGCGAGAUAUAAUUUGGGCGUAUCAUGUAUAAAUAUUGGCUGCUACAAAGAGGCCGCGGAGCAUCUUCUCAGUGGCUUGGCAAUGCAUGAGGUAGAGGGACAGGAAACUACACUUAAUCAGAACCAAUCCUCCUCUCUCAUGGAAACACUCAAACGUGCUUUCAUCGCCCUGGAAAGAAGAGACUUGGUGGAGCUAGUCAGACCUGGGAUGGAUCUCAACCAGUUCCGCGGAGAAUUUAAUUUUUAGGUGGUCCGCAGUGCCUUUCAGAACUAGUUAUAAGAUCUUGGAUGUUUAUUAUGCUCGAAAGCAAAACUAGCCAAUCCCGCAAUUAAUCAAGCUAGACAUGACUUCUACUUGGGCAGCAAUCUCCCCUCAUCCUUUCGCGAUACUCAGUG